CUGGCCCGGGGCAGGGCCUACCGGGCCCUGGUUCAUAAGGGGGCCGCUCCCAAGCGCAGCCCCAGCCUGCAGCUCCUGGCCCGCACUCGCGCCGCAGCUGCUGUCCCUCCCCGGGCCGGCAGGAGCCUGGAGGAGCGGACAGGACUCCAGAGGCCGCGGGGAGAGGACUUGGAGCGCCAGGACAGGCUGCCAACCCAGGACAUCCCUUCCAGUUUGGGGGAGGAAGUCAGCUGGCAGGAGCCUGGAAGAGCGGACAGGACCCCAGAGGCCGCGGGGAGAGGACUUAGAGCGCCAGGACAUCCCUUCCAGUUUGGGAAAGGAAGUCAGCUGACAUCGUUCAUUUGAAUUUAAUAUCUUUCCACCAUAACUUUGGACGGCUGGCGGCAGCCACGAUGAACUUCGCAGACAAAGAAGACUCCAAAAGAUACUGCAUCCGGGCCAAGCACGCGGCCAUCAUCUGCGCAGUGGUGGUGGCUGUGGGGCUCAUCGUGGGACUUUCCGUGGGGCUGACCCGGUCGUGCACCACCUCCGCUGAAACAGGGACCCCAGACACACCCACCGCGGGUCCGUCGGUGGUUCCCCCGCAGGAUGAGAGCGCCUGCCCGGUCAGCGAGGACUCGAGUGGGCCGUGGACGGCCUUCCGGCUGCUGGACUCAGUCGUCCCAGUGCACUACGACCUGGAGGUGUGGCCGGAGCUGGAGCAGGACACCUACACGGGCAACGUGACCAUCUCCCUGCGCCUGGCAGAGCCCACGCGCUUCCUGUGGCUGCACCUGCGUGACACGAAGCUCACGCGGGUCCCCGAGCUGCACACGCCUGCGGGCGCAGCGGUGCCCGUCACUCGCUGCUUCGAGUACCGCGCUCAGGAGUUCGUGGUGCUGGAGCCCGCGCAGCUGCUGCCCGCCACGCUGGACGACGCCCUCUACCGCCUGCGCCUGGAAUUCGCAGGCCGGCUGGACGGCUCGCUCGUGGGCUUCUACCGCACCACGUACACGGAGGGCGGCCAGGUCAAGAGCAUCGCAGCCACUGAUCAUGAGCCUACAGAUGCCAGGAAAUCCUUCCCCUGCUUUGAUGAGCCCAACAAAAAAGCAACCUUCACAAUAUCGAUCGUCCACCCUAAGGACUAUGGUGCGCUUUCAAACAUGCCAGUGGACAAAACAGAGGCAAUGCAUGACAACUGGAUUCGAACAACAUUCCAGAAAUCUGUCCCCAUGAGCACUUACCUAGUGUGCUUCGCUGUGCAUCAGUUCACCUCCAUACAGAGGACCUCCCGCAGCGGAAAGCCCCUCACCAUUUAUGUCCAGCCAGAGCAAAAGCACACAGCUGAAUACGCUGCAAACAUAACCAAAAUUGUGUUUGAUUACUUUGAGGAAUACUUUGCUAUGGAGUAUUCUCUUCCUAAAUUAGAUAAAAUCGCUAUUCCAGAUUUUGGCACUGGCGCCAUGGAGAACUGGGGACUCAUCACUUACAGGGAAACGAAUCUGCUCUAUGACCCCAAAGAAUCGGCAUCAUCCAACCAACAGCGGGUGGCCAUGGUGGUUUCCCAUGAGCUCGUGCACCAGUGGUUUGGGAAUAUCGUGACCAUGGACUGGUGGGAUGACCUGUGGCUAAAUGAAGGAUUUGCUUCUUUUUUUGAGUUCCAGGGAGUAAACCAGGCAGAAAAAGACUGGCAAAUGCUUGACCAGGUGUUACUUGAAGAUGUUUUACCUGUGCAAGAAGAUGACUCUUUAAUGUCUUCUCAUCCAGUGGUUGUUUCGGUGUCAACCCCUGCUGAAAUCACAUCUGUUUUUGACGGAAUAUCCUACAGCAAGGGGGCUUCCAUCCUGAGAAUGCUGGAAGACUGGAUGACGCCAGAGCUAUUUAAAAGAGGAUGUCAGAUUUACUUGCAAAAAUUCCAAUUCAAGAACGCAAAAACUUCAGAUUUUUGGGAAGCAUUGGAAGAGGCCAGCAAUCUGCCCAUCAGAGUGGUGAUGGACACCUGGACGUCCCAGAUGGGCUACCCUGUGCUGUCUGUCAGUAACAAAAGUACUGUCACCCAGAAACGCUUCCUGCUGGACUCUAGAGCGGAUCCGUCCCAGCCACCUUCAGAUCUUGGUUACACAUGGAAUAUUCCAGUUAAAUGGACUGAAAAUGAUGUAUCAACUACUGUAAUCUACAAUAGGUCAGAAAAUGGAGGAAUCACUUUGAAACCUCCUGAUUCUAUUGGAAAUGAUUUUCUCAAAAUAAACCCAGAUCAUAUUGGAUUUUAUCGUGUAAAUUAUGAAGAACCAACUUGGCAGCAGAUAGCUUCUGAGCUUUUGUCAAACCACAUGAACUUUUCUUCUGCCGACCGUGCAAGUCUUAUUGAUGAUGCCUUUGCCUUGGCAAGAGCUCAGCUUCUAAACUAUAUGGUAGCUCUGAAUUUGACCAAGUAUCUCAGCAAGGAGCAGGAUUAUCUGCCGUGGCAGAGAGCCAUCUCAGCCGUCACCUACAUCAUUAGCAUGUUUGAAGAUGACAUGGAGCUGUACCCACUGAUCGAGGAAUACUUCCAAAGUCAAGUGAAGCCCAUUGCAGAUUCUCUCGGAUGGGAAGACACUGGUGACCACCUCACAAAGCUGCUCCGGGCUUCUGUGUUAACCUUUGCCUGCAAGAUGGGUGAUAAGGACGCCUUGAACAAUGCUUCUUCAUUGUUUAAAAACUGGGUAGAUGGAGCUAUAAGCAUUCCUGUAAAUCUCAGGCUUCUGGUUUAUCGGUAUGGCAUGCAGAACUCUGGCAAUGAGGCAUCGUGGAACUAUACUCUAGAACAAUACCAGAAGACUUCACUAGCUCAAGAAAAAGAAAAACUGCUUUAUGGAUUAGCAUCAGUGAAGAGUGUUCCUCUUUUGGCAAGGUAUCUGGAUCUGCUCAAGGACCCGAACGUCAUUAAGAGUCAGGAUGUGUUUACAGUCAUCCGCUAUAUCUCAUAUAACAGUUAUGGGAAGAACAUGGCCUGGACGUGGAUCCAGCUCAACUGGGACUAUCUCAUCAACAGAUUUACGAUCAAUGACAGAAACCUGGGCCGGAUCGUCACGAUAGCAGAGCCAUUCAACACCGAGCUGCAGCUCUGGGAGAUGAAGAGCUUUUUUGCAAAAUAUCCAGAAGCCGGAGCAGGAGAAACACCUAGAGAGCAAGUCCUCGAGACAGUGCAAAACAAUAUUGAGUGGCUAAAGCAAAAUAGAGAUGCCAUAAGGCAGUGGUUUUUUGACUUACCAAACAAUGGUUAAUGUGUUCAAAUAUCGUGUCUUAAUUUUGUGACUCUGUAGUUUCUGCUGUUAAGCAAAACAUGUAAUAUCUGAUUUAGCAACACUGCAGAGGGAGCCUGAUAAAUGACGCUGCCUUUGCUAAGUGCUCUGUUGAUAUCUGGCAAAGCUUUUAAAUUGUUCUUCUUUGUUUAUGAAGGAAGAUACUAAUAGAGUAUUUAAUAUACUCAGGGAUUUCUUCUAAGUGUACUUCAUUGGAGAUUCUUUACAAACUGAAGAGAAUGUAAUAGUCAUUCUAAUGUCUUUAAAUAUCAUUCUUUGUAUCUUAAAUCUGUGAAAAUAGAACAAUUUGGUCUUAGCUUUACAUUUUUAGUACCAAAGAAACACCACUUAAUCUUCUCUCUUGAUUGAUUUUUAAAG